AUUGGGCUGGCCCAUUAUGGUUUUGGAGUGCCAACUUGCGGGCCCAAAUUCACACCCUCUCCCACCUCCGUCGAGACCCGAGACUCAAGAGACCUCGUCCUUCCCCUCCCGGUGCCCAUUUUCUCCCAACGUCCCGCCGCCGCCCCGAGUCGACACAGUCCUUAACUCGUCAUUCUUCUCCAAAGCACCCACCGGUCGCCGCCACUCUCGAUGCAGUAGUAGCCAUCACUCGCAGCCUCAUUACCUCUGCCUCUUAGCCAGUCGUAUCGCCUCCCGCCGCCCUGCUUCCCGUCUCCUCCUCCGGCCUCCCAUCUCGCUCACCUCUGUGUCGGCUCUGCAAGUUUUCUAAUUCCAUAGGUAGGAUAGUAAUCACUAAUCAAGCAUGUUGUUGGCAAGACUUUUCGGGAGAAGGCUCUUUGCUGCUGCUGCUCAUUCUGAAACUUAUUCAACAACAGCAGCUGCUGCUGGUGCUACAACGGCUAGGUCUGGGCAUAAUCCUCUUGAGGAAUUCUUUGAGAAAGAUAGGAUCCAAGAUGACGAUAAGCCUAUCGUAUAUGGUCGAAGUUGGAAAGCUUCUGAACUGCGGUUGAAGUCUUGGGAUGAUUUACAGAAGCUAUGGUAUGUCCUUCUAAAGGAGAAAAACAUGCUGAUGACUCAACGUCAGAUGCUUCAUUCUCAAAACUUGAGAUUUCCUAAUCCCGAGCGCUUGCCAAAGGUGAGGAAGUCAAUGUGUCGCAUCAAGCAAGUGCUCACCGAGAGGGCAAUUGAAGAGCCCGAUCAAAGGAGGUCUGCGGAGAUGAAGAGAAUGGUGAACACUUUGUAAACACAACACCUAGCCCCAUACCUCGCGGCUACUGCACUGCAGGAGUUUCUUCAUGGAUUGUUCGAGAGUAAGGUUGCAUCCUUUCAGGUAGUUAACGUAGGAUCUUGGUGUUCGUCAGUUUGAUAUAGUAUGUUUCAAGUCCUUAUUUCUGCUCAGAAUUAAGUCUACAAGCCAAUAAUUAUGAGUUCUCAGUCCUUCUGGUGAUGGCUUUGACAUCAAUUCAUCCUUGGUUCUUUUGUGGUUUAUGACUUGGUUGAGCUCCCGAUAUGAGUGCUGUAUGAAAUUACUGUAGUUGUUCUCUCCCGUAUCCAUCUUACGAGUCAUCUACCUGGCUUUUCCCAUGAGAUUUCCUCUCUUCAAAUAGUCCUUGUAGUGAAACUUCCUUGUGAACCCAUCUAAACCAAGAGCUAGGGUCGAUGAGGAAUUCAUCCACGAUGUUGAUGAAUAUAGCAGAGCGUGAAAUGUUAACCAUGAUGAGGAAUUCAUCAACUCUACCUGGUGUGCC